AUGCGGGCCACUGCAAUUCCUCUCAUAUUCCUCCUUGGAGGAGCCGUCGCAAAGCUGCACAAUGUCGCCGUCUGCGUCAGUAACAGAAAAUAUUCCGAAGUAGGCGGUUCCGCCUUUAGCCCCAGCUUCACAUAUUCCAAGGACUAUGAGAUCCUGCCAGCUGAGACCAAAUGUGCCUGCGACUUUUACAGGCAGCGCAACACUGGGGAUAAGCAAUGGGAUCAGUGUCCUGAUUGUACCUUUGAUGGUAACUACUGUAACUCUGCUGGGUGGCAUAUCGGUGGCGACGAGAUGGAUUAUUACUGCGAGAAGCUGUGUCAUGCCCAGGGUUCCGAGGCAAACUGA